AGAGACUGUAUUUUUGAAUUGGCAUGUGGGGUCGAAUCCUGGUUGGAGUAGAAGCCCAAUCCAUUCAUCAUCUACACAUUUGGAUUUUAGGUGAUAUGGUGGGCCUUAUGGGUUUCAUUUAUAGGCUUUCUAAUUUUAUAAUGGGCCGAUACAUGAUCCGUUAGGUCAUUUUAAGGUUCCCUAUAAAUUCAUAAUAUCUUCUAGUGUCGCCCAAAAGCAUCCGUAGCUGAACAGAUCUCCGCUUUCUCAGGAUUGUCACAGAGAUGGCGAAGUCGAAGAAUCACACGGCGCAUAACCAGUCAGCGAAAGCGCAUAAGAAUGGAAUCAAAAAGCCCAGGAGACACCGUUACACUUCCACCAAAGGAAUGGAUCCUAAGUUCCUGAGGAACCAGAGGUACGCCAGGAAGCACAACGUCAAGAGCGGCGAGAAUGGUAGUGGUGAUGAAUAGAUCGUUUGAUCCGUCUGCGAGAGACGCAUUUUAAGGUUUUUAUGUAUUUUAAGACUUUUUGUUGUUGUUGACAGAGGAACCAAUUUUAUUGCAAUUCAGAUUACCUUAUUUUGCGAGUUUGUUGAUUUGAUGAAAUUAGACCUUAAAAUUGAUCUAGUUUUAUUCAAAUAUUGCCUUUACACUUAUAGUUUCAUAAAAAUACUGAGAAUUAAUCUCUAUCGCGAAUCACAUGUUUUUUCGUCAAUUGCUUGUGGGUUUAAUGAUUUUUUUAUGAAAUCCUAAGCGUUCUUUCUAGUCCCGUUGGUAUGAAAAUGGU